AUGCGCUUCACCGUCCCAGGCUCGGCCGUCACGCUCGAUACGGGGCGCUUCUCUCAGUCGCCCUUGCGAGGGAACAAGCGUGUCCGAUUGAUCACGCUCGUCCUCCUGCUGCUGGUCGUGGUGACUUGGCGUCCCAGUCCGCCGUUCCCGCCGGUGUACCCCGAAGCCGCGUCGGAGGGGGCUAUGCGGUUUGAGGGGCGUGUAGUAAGGUUUGAACAGACCCGAGGGAGCUAUAGCGAGCAAUUAUCCCGGAUAUUACUCUAUCAGCAGCUUGCAUUUGCGUCGGGCCGGUCCUACGCUUAUGACCCAAUACACGUCGACAGUACUUUGUUCAGAUGGCCAUGGCGCUCAGCGAGCCUACCACUAUCAGCGUUCCUCAUGCUGGACGGGGCGGUUCCAUCGUCCUCUUUACGCUGCUCAAGUACACAUACGGUCGUCGCGGACACGCUACAGCAAGUACAGAACGAGCUGAGUCGGGAUGGCGAGGCCUGCAUCCGGAUACAAGGGGAGAUACUCAAUGACGACUUCUUCUACUCUAGCGCACCUAUUGAUAUGGUCGACACAAUCAAGGCCCCACUAUACGUCCCCUCGCCGAGAGUGUUGGCUAUCGUCAACUCGGCCCUUCCUCAGAUCGCCCCAGAAUCCGGCAUGGCCGUUGCCGGAGGAAAAGCCGUUCAGCUUCGACACCUGCUCGUCCUCGAACUUCCAGGCGGUAAGGCAUGGGGCGCAAUAUGUCACGAAGCGUACGAGGACUCAAAACCCUUCUUUGGCUUCAACACCCUCCCAAAACACCCCGGGAACGAGAACAUGCCCCCGCCACUCACCAUGGCCAGUCCCGUCCGGAAGGGCGUCUACGAGGCCAAAUGCCAGCCCAAGAUGACAGACAUCAUCGCUCGAGCUCGCCGGAUGCGGAAGAAUCACCCCCUUCUCAAGUCGGCCUAUAUCGUCACGGACGCGCCGGAGAACUGGGUUAAUGAGGUCAGAAAGUGGUUGUUGUCGGAAGGGUGGGAGCGAAUCUGGAUAGGAAGAAGGGACGUCUGGGCAGGAGCUGCAGAGAGGGAAGUGGGCCAGGGGGUCGAGAUGGAGAUAGCGAGAAGAGCGGGGGUGUAUGUCGGGAACGGAUUUUCGCCAUUCUCGAGCAAUCUCGUCCUUGUCAGGCGGAAAGACGGGGUACAUCCAGAUCUGACGCAGUACUGGUGA